AUGAAAUUGUAUACAAGCUUAUUUGAGCUCAUAUCUAUAAUGUUCACGCAGACAUUCGACGAAGCUGUAUUGUUUUUGGGUGGUGUAAGAUGGCUAAAUUCUUCACAUAUGAAACAGUUGAAAAUCUCUCUUGAUAACCAGAAAGCUUUUCGAUCUGUCAAGGUGUUUAUUAAAGACUAUUCAGCUGGUUUUCAUACACCAGUCGAUGGCCUACCUUUCAUCGAUGUGACAAAGCGUAGAACCGAACAAGACAGAAAUUACAGGCUGGUCCAGCUAGUUGAAGCCUAUAAAUGGUCGGUUUUACCAACUCACAAUAUCACAUGGAGUAGACUGGAUCACUUUCAUGCUUAUGCAAGAUGUUCUUGUCAUUUUUAUCAACUUGAAAAACAAAAUAUUCACUCAACUAGAGGGGAUAGUACCAUAUUGAUCUAUCGAAUCGUUGGACAAAUACAAUGGAUUAUGUCAAGAAUUGUUGAAACAAUAAUCUUACAAAACACUCAUUAUCACUGUAAAUAA